AUGGCCUCUUCGUGGGACGAGAUGACCAUGUCCUUUUCUCGCCUGUCCAUGUUCCCCUUUUUUGACAUCGCCCACUACCUGGUAUCCGUGAUGGCGCUGAAGCGUCAGCCGGGAGCAGCAGCGGUGGCAUGGCAGAAUCCUAUUUCAAGUUGGUUUACUGCUAUGCUUCACUGUUUUGGUGGAGGAAUUUUAUCCAGUUUACUGCUUGCAGAGCCUCCAUUGAGGUUUCUUACAAACAACACUAAUAUAUUACUGGCAUCUGCAAUCUGGUAUAUUGUUUUUUUUUGCCCAUGUGACCUAGUUUCCCAGGGCUAUUCUUUCCUACCUGUUCAACUCUUGGCUGCAGGAAUGAAGGAAGUGACCAGAACUUGGAAAAUAGUAGGUGGAGUCACACAUGCUAAUAGCCAUUACAAAAAUGGCUGGUUAGUCAUGAUAGCUAUUGGAUGGGCCCGAGGUGCAGGAGGUAGCAUUAUCACAAAUUUUGAGCUAUUGGUAAAAGGAGAUUGGAAACCACAAGCUGAUGAAUGGAUGAAGAUGUCCUACCCUGCCAAGGUAACCCUGCUGGGGUCAAUUAUCUUCACACUCCAGCACACUGAGCACCUGUUAAUAUCAAGGCAUGAUCUUGUGUUCCUCUAUACCAUGUUUCUUGUGGUCACAAAGAUAAUCAUGAUGACUACAGCGACCCCUAUUCUGCCUUUUGCUCCUUUUGAGGCUACAAUAAGUCGGAUAUUGUUUGGCUGGCAGCAGCAGUUCUUACCAUGUGAGAAGAAAAGUGAAAUAAGCACAUCGACCUCAAAGUCUACAGCUGUUAUUUCAGAUAAAGCUAAAAAGAAGGGCAAUAAGAAGACUGACUAA